CACAAGGCCUCGGCCACCAGUCGAUCGCCAGCCACCACAGAGAUGCCUACAUACAAACUAAUGUACUUCCCCGUCCGGGGGAGAGGUGAAAUUAUUCGUCUUGCCUUCGCGGCUGCUGGACAAACAUUCGAAGAUGAACUUGUCUCGAUGGAAGACUGGCCUUCCCUGAAACCAAAGGUGCCCACGGGACAAAUACCAGUCCUGGAGGUGGACGGAAAGCAGUUAUCUCAGAGUUUGGCCAUAGCCCGGUACCUAGCAAGGGAGUUUGAUCUGUCAGGUCAGGGAAACCUGGAGCAGUGCCUAGUAGACCAGGUGGUUGACACUGCCGCGGAUACAUUUACGCAAUUCUAUGAAUAUUACAAGAUACACGAUCAAGAGACGGACAAGGACAAAAAGGAGGAUCUCAAAAAGAAAUUUGUAACGGAAAGUAUUCCAAAGUUUGCCAGAAUCUUCACAACUUUUAUGGAAAACAGUGGAGGCAAAAAUGGGUACUUUGUUGGAUCUAAACUGACGUUAGCUGAUCUGGCAUGCCACGAUAUUUUUACAACCCUUAUUCAUUUAAAUUCGGAUGCUUUGAAAGACUUUCCAAAACUGGCGGCAAACCGCCAACAAGUUGAGGAGAACGAGAACAUGAAGCUGUACCUGACAAAGCGCCCAGAGAGCUCCAUAUAGUGACUACAUCAGGAGUUCGGCUGUUUUCAGUAUGUUUUAUAUAAUAGAAAACUGAAAUUUAUUGUAAACCUGAUAAAACAUAAAUGCUAAGGUUAUUGACGAGACAAAUGUCAUUUUCUUUCCUACAAUAGGACAUACAUCUAACACAACGUAGGGUCGGCUACCACCUUUAAUUUCCUUGUACAAUAUGUGCGAUCAUGUUAUCUAUGUGACUUGAAAUAAAGAAUACUUAAACCUUCACUACAAGUGUAUUAACUUCUGUGUUUAUUUAAUUUAUGAAUGAAUUUAUUAUCAUAUUAAGUGAAUGCUUGUACAAGCAAUAUGCAUAGGCAUGAAGGUACGGUCAUCAUUAAUGAAAGCUCCAACAUACUACGUGCAGAUGAACAUUUGUACAAUGUUGUAAAAAUACAUUGAAAAUUGUCAAAAAGAUGUGUUUUAUUGUUAUGUCUUAACAUUAAAAAUGAAAACAUCAAGGUAUUGUUUUAAAUAAACUUUAUUUCUACAAGCAUCAGAAGGAAGACUCAUCCAGCUAGUUUUAAACCUUACAUGAAUUAUAAACUAAUAAACAACACAACAACUAAAAUGUCAUAAAUCCUAACAAAUAAAAACAUAAUCAAACAAUAAAUAAAAUCCAAUGAGAGGACGAGCACGGGGCUACUACUCAAUCAGAAAACAAAGGAGUUGUAUACUAACCAUCUUCAUGAAGAUGAAAGGCAACUACAUACACAGAAAACACACGUGUUUAAAAAGAACAUAUAACAGCUAGAAAGAGAAAAAGCAUUCAUGUGUCAAUAUUUUUCAGAGAAACAGAGUGAUAUUCCCAUAAAUUUAAAGCAUUAUGUUACAUGUACUCAAUAACUUAUUCCUUUCAAAAUUACAACCUUAUCAGUUUGGUUACCAAACAUUCUAUAUAUAAUAUUGCCUUUGGUAGAUUUGGCUUUUGGAAUCCUAACUUUUUUGACGUAGCUCUCAUCGCUGAUAUCUCGCCGCGCGAUGUUGAUACCUUUAGUUACAAGUAAACAAAUUCGGUCUCUUAUUUUGUUUUAAUCAUUUAAGUACAAAGUAAUAUAUGUGUUAAUAAUGUAUUUAAAUACGAUUGGUUCCAAGGCAAGUUGGACGAUUUUUAAAUUUAAUGUUUCAAAUGAUGGUGAUGACAACAGUUUUGAAAUGUGCUAGAUCGGUCUGUAAGGUUUUCUUUGUAACUUAACUUUUCUUAAUAGCUCCGGUUAACAUCUGAUGCAAGAUAAUUUACAUUUAGAUCCCCAUACAGACCCGUUGAUUUGUUUAUUAUUCAACAGAAACUGCAUUUCACAAUGAUCACCCAGAUAUGCAAUUUAUCUUUCUAUUUGUUCGAAUUGACAUCGAAUGUCAAACAUGUAAAACGUUUUAACGGACAUAUGUAGAUUUUAGUUUUAUGUUAAUCUGAAUGUGCCCCGUUUGAACACUAUUGACAAAACACUUUGACGUAAACUGCUCGUGUGCAUACUGUUAUAUUUGGUAGUGUAUGGAUAUAUUUAUUGAAUCUGUUUUCAGCACCCAAAUGGUGCACUUUAAAGGGACGUGUUCACAUCAGACUUUAACCAUCAUUAAACACAUCGCACAUUUGAUAUCUGGAAAGUUGUACCUAAUUCAGUAGUUUUGUUUUGAAGUUACAUAAAGAUUAAAAUUUGCGCUAAUCACUGAUUAAGCUAAUCACCUUUUGAACAACUGGGCCCUGGUCGUCAUCACCUAAUACUGGCUUUUACCAUUUAUCAUGUUACAUAAUUAUAUCAUAGUGAUGGUUUAUAGACUACACAUUCUAAAAUCCUUUUCACAUUAUGAAGAAAAAGUACGGUUUUCACACUUCUGAUGCGAAAUAAAAAGCUUUUGGCUCUGAAUAUGUGCAUCUAUAGCAUAAGUAGUUUUGCAUAAAGCGACAGACGUGUCUGUCAUUUAUAUACGAAUUGAGACAGACCUCCAGGAAAGUUCGCUGUCAACAAA